AUGUCCUAUUUGUCGCUCGUUUUACCCUCGAGCCUUUUAAUCGCGCACCGGCAUGCGCUGCAGAAUUCUUCCCCUCCUUCUUUUAGUAAGCCAGGUAAUCAAUGCGGCUCCUGGGAAGAGAAACGCAAUUGCUAUUGCUGUAUCGUCAGCCAGCUCGACGAGUCAAGGGACUUUGCUAGGCACUACCACCUCAUCAAACCAAACAACAUCGUCCUCUUCCUCCAGCUCGUCCUCACAAGGCUCGACCAGAAAAAGGCGCAAGAGUAUCCUCCGACGACACAGUCGCUUUCUAACACCCAGGACCAUCCUCUCAACCAAGUGAAUAACAAACAAGUGCUCAAUACAGCGAAUACUGAAACACUCGGGGUCCAAUCUGGACUUUCGUUGACUAGCUUUUCCACUACAUCAACGUCGACAACCGCUUUAGCUCCUUCAAGCAGCACUGAUUCAUCUACUGGACAAGUCGCUCAAGACCAAGAUCAGGUUGUGAAACAAGCGAAUAUCGUACGGCCUUCUAAGACGACGAAUGCCACAGCCGCCGUUUAUCCAAAUCAGGAAAAAGCUUUCUUUCCUGCGCAGAGCUUCUCGCACUCAUCGAAUGCCACAGCUUCAAACACGUCAAGCGAAGCCCGGGAAACCCUAGGCCAGACUUCACCCACGCUAGCUAAACAAAUCAAACAGGCCAUUGGUGUGACAGGCCUUUCUUCCCAAUCUACUACUGGACAAGGGGUCACUGGAUCUCCAACCAACAGCGCGCUACAAACGUCGCCGCCUUUCGCGAUCGUGGGAAAUGGUACAUCGACAGCCAGUCCUACUAGCAUUAUUCUCGGAACAUCGGGUAAUUACUCCGUUACCCGAAACUCCUCUACCGUCCCAAGUACGACUUUUGCAAGAUCAUGUCCAACAGACUGGGUGAACUCCGCAGGCCUAGUAACGUCUACUGCCGCAAUCAUAACAUCAGGUCCAUUGAUGACAGGUUCUGACUCAUGCUGCGGUGAUUGCUAUAUCCGUGGUCCGAAUGUAGACUUGUACUAUUGGCCUGAAGCAGGUGCAGAUGAUUCCUGCCUCAGUAUCAUCGGAAACAGCGUGAAUCCAGCACUACAAGGCGCCACUACAACCUGCUAUGGUGAAGCUCGAGGAGGAUGCCUCACAUACUGGGGAGAAGUUUUUUGCUGUCAGCCUGGUACACCCACAGGCCAAACCUAUAUCAAAACCAUUGCAACUUGGACGACGAUCAACGGCAUUGCGUUCAAGAAUCCCCUUUUCAAUCCUUAUGAGUCUUCAAGCGAUUGGCUGGGUCUGACUGAAGUGGCUUCAUCGACACAAAGCAGUCAGCCACAGUCGUCUUCGCAAACUCUUCCUGUGACACCUAAGAAGAUUCGCCGAGAUAUGCCUGGCAACUUUACCGGACAAAGCGCUGUACAGAAGCAGGUAGAGAAGCAGGCAGACCUCGGAAACAUAGCGGUAAUAGAUGGUAAUACCUUUACUUCACCCUCUGUUUAUGUCAAUUUCUACAGCCUAAGCGCCACGGAUGGUUGUGGAAUUGUUGGCUCGCAAAGUGUCAUACAAUCAACAUUGAUUGCUUUCAAUCCAGGAGAGCUAUCAAGCGUAGCAGGUCCCGUGACUGGAGGGCGCAAGGCCGAUUUUGUUGGCAGUGUCCUAGCUUAUUCUCCUGAAGCUCCAGUAUCCGUGUAUAAUUUCGCGGAUCUGCCAUGUCCACCGCCAGAUGUUGCUGCACAACAUUGGUACAAACCAGAACCAGGCGAACCAUAUCGCCCGAUGAUCGCGUUCCCAAACAAGAUUCUAGACAUUGAUCCCGCUUGGAAGACUUGCAAGGACGAGUUCUUUAUCGGUCUGGAUCCCCCACGGGAUUUGAGGUCAGCUCAAGCGAUGGCUCCUGUCACUACCACAGCAGCAGCUGUCCAGACGACAGAAGCGGCGCAGCCUGCUCCACAGCCUGAAGCACCAGCCAAGGAGACGGCCCAAGCUCUUGCACCGGCGAAGACACCGGCAUCGAAUCCAUCACCCAACCCAGUGCCCGAACCGGCGGCAAGUCCAAUCCCAGCGCCAGUUCUAGCUCCCAAGCCUGAGACACCCUCAACGCAGGAGGUUGCACCACAGCAGCAGCAGCAGCAGCAGCAGCAGCAACAACAACAACCUACAGUUGAACAAACCCAGCAGAAGCAACAAGUUCCGGCACCACAAAACCAAGAUCCCGCCCCAGCACCUGCAUCACCAGAAAAGGAAACGAGCCAGAAUGCUAAUCCUGCUCCCGCUGUUGUGAAUCAACCACAAGCCAAUACAAACAACGACCCGGGCUCACAAGUUGCGAACACUAAUACUGAUAGUGGUGAAGUCUCAUCGCAAGACAAUGAACAGACCGAAGACCCUAGUCAACAGACAGAGAACACACCAGCUAAAGCUGUAUCUCCUCAACAGCAGGCAAGUUCUGGAGAUAUAAAUCCAGACCAAAAUUCAGCCAAUGCUGCCGAUGAAGCUCCCCAACAGCCGGCACAAAAUGUGGCCAACGGCGAGAAGACCAACAAUGCAGCUGAAGGCAACCCUGCAAACCUAUCGCAGAAUGAAGCCAAUCAGGAUACAAAUACAAACGUGGCCGAGAACAGCCCUGCAAAUGCCAACCCGGCUACUCCUAACCAGCCUGCGGCGAAUGCCCAAGUGCAGAAUCAAGCCAUCAAUUCUAUCACGGACUCGUUCAGUAAGCUCGGAUUGCCUGCAGUCAACCAAGACCAAGUCUCUUCCAUUAAGCAACAGUAUGCCUCGGCGGGUACAAAUGCUCCAAACAAUGUUGCUGCAGCCAUCUUGGGGCAAGAGGCUUCACAGAUACAGAAUGCGCCAGGAGGCGGCAAUACUGGUCUUGGGAAUGCCAUAUCUUCUUUGGGUCAGGUCUUGGCAGCUGACAAUGGGGUGAUACCUACUGCCAGUCCGGACGCAACCCUCAAUGAAAGCCCAUCAAAGGCUGUACCAGCAUCACAGAUUCAGUCGAUCCAAAACCUAGUCAACAAGGCUGCUCAACCUCAAGCAAAUGGAUCCCCUGGAUUACCCCCGUCUCAAGUCCAAGCGUUGAAUUCAGCCAUCGACGCAGCAGGCAAAGCUCAAGCGAACGGUCUCCCAGCCAGUUUAUCGCCUGAUGCUGCACAAUCCCUUUCCUCGAUCAUAUCUCAAGCCGGCACCACUCAGGCUAAGGGAGUCCCUGGCCUACCACAAUCUGAGGUCCAAAGUCUCAAUUCAGCCAUAUCAAGCUUAGCAGGAACUCCCACCGCCCCCAGCAUCAGCACCAACGACAUUCCCUCCCUUAACUCUGCAAUUGCAGCAGCAGGUCUUCCAACCACCGAAGUUCAAAAACUCCAAUCUGCCGUCACAAAAGCCGCCUCCGGCACUCCUCUCCCUGCUGCCCAACUAUCUUCCCUAAACUCCGCCCUCUCAGCCGCUGCCUCAAACGGCGCGCUCCCAACAGCAGAAGCACAGCGUCUCUCCUCCCUCCUCAACCCACCCACAGCCACACUUCCGACACCUCUCCCCGCCGCCGCAAAAGCCACUCUCUCCUCCAUCCUCUCCGCAGCCUCCCUCCCCCCAACAGCCCUCUCAUCCCUACAAUCCGUCCUCGCAGCCACAACCCCCCUCUCAGCACCACAACUAUCCUCUCUAAACGCCGCCGUCUCCUCCGACAACCUCCCCUACGCAGAAGCAACAUCGCUCUCCUCCCUCCUCGCCGCAGCCGCCACCCCUACCCUCACCAACCCCAUCCCCGCGCUCCAGCCAUCUCAACACACAACCCUCUCCUCCCUCCUCUCCCUUCUCGCCCACGCCCCUUCCGCCUCUAUCACUCUCCCCUUCCCCCUCCCCUCAGCCACCCUCUCAUUCCUCAACUCCGCCCUCUCCGCCGCAGAAUCAGGAACUCCCCUCCCCUUACCCCUCGCGUCCUCGCUGCUCACGGCUCUCGAAGCCGGCGCUGAGCAAACUCUUAUCCCAUCGUCGAUAGCGCAAUCGCUGGAGGAGGCGGUGGUGGAAGCGAGUAUUCCGACUAGCUUGGCUGGGUUGGGAGGGUUGGGAGGGUUGGGUGAGGGCAAGAAAGAAGCACUGGAGAAUGUGAUCAAGGAGGCUUUUGCACGAGGGGAUGUUAGUGCGGAGGAAGUGGGGGUUUUGGAGGGGAUUGUGGGCGCGGUUGUUGGGUUGACUGGUGAUAGUGUGGGUGGGGCAGGGGGAAAUGGGACGGUGAAUGGAACUGCGGUGGUGACGGGCACGGGAAUGGUGACGAAGACGAGCGAGACUACAGGCGGGGAUGCAGGCGCGACGACGGUGACCAUGACGGUUGCGAGGAGCGGUGUGGGCGCCACGACUGGGAGCGGGGAGAGCAGAAGUGGGGCGAUAAGGAGAGGGGUGGAUAGGUGGAUGAUAUGGUGUUUGGGGUGCGUCGUUGUUGUGCUCUUGAUGUGGUAA